CCAUUGUUAUCUAUCCCUGCUGAACGAGUGACACAUAGUAUAAAGACAUCUGUAAUCACGAUCGUAGCCGCACACUGAAGUUAAGAACUUCAUCUGAAACAUGGGGAACAUUUUCGGGAAUUUGCUGAAGAGCCUCAUAGGGAAGAAGGAGAUGAGGAUCUUGAUGGUUGGGCUCGAUGCUGCAGGAAAAACAACAAUCCUCUACAAGCUCAAACUGGGGGAAAUAGUCACCACCAUCCCAACCAUUGGGUUUAACGUUGAGACGGUGGAGUACAAGAACAUCAGCUUCACUGUGUGGGACGUGGGUGGGCAGGACAAGAUCCGCCCCCUCUGGAGACACUACUUUCAGAACACACAGGGUCUAAUCUUUGUGGUGGACAGUAAUGACAGAGAGCGUGUGAACGAAGCGCGAGAGGAGCUGAUGAGGAUGCUGGCUGAGGAUGAACUGAGAGAUGCGGUCCUCCUUGUGUUUGCCAACAAACAGGCAAGAAACCAUAAUUGUUCUCCAUAGAUACACAAGU